AUGAACAUUAUGAUUAUUUAAAUGACAAUAAUGUGGAAUAUGAAUAAGUGUUCAGGUUAGUUUAAAUGUUACACCUUAAAGAUUCAUAUUUAAAUACUUAAACGCUAAUAUAAGAUAAAUGCUAUGAAAUUCUUUAUAAAUAAAUUAUAGUUGCGGUAUAUAAACAUCAAUAAUAGAAAAGUGGAACAAGAAGAUCAGUCAUCAAAAACCUCUAACAAGUUGAAUCAUAUUUGGAGAAUGAUUAAGAUGAGUUAAAAUAAGAGUAUAGUGAUGGAGCAAGAUGAUAAUUGGCAAGCUCCACCUAAUUGA